GAGCAACUACUACAGAGUAACCUCGUCAGGAUGUUGACUUAACGUUGGUGGAGACGGUGGAGCUCAACGUCAUCGUCAGGAAGUAUGAUCGGUCAACCAAAGCCUUCGAACUAGUCCACUAUGUGUUGUUUGGGUCAUCCCCUGCUCCACGAAAGAAUCUUUGGUCUCGUCAAAUGAAGAAGCGUUCGUCCCUGAAAGUUCUCUUUUCCGUCCUCCACAUCCCCUUCUCAUCCUUCUUCAUCGCUCUCUGCUCCCUCCUGCUGCCCUGCGAUGCGCCGUCCCAACUAUAAGAGACGCAAGACUACCCACGAAGAUAGUCCUCCGUCGCACCACAAUGGCACAACCAAUCCCAUCCUCACCAAAAAGCCCUCAGCCGUCUUCCACCCCAAGGGUGGCCGAUCGCAUACUCUCAGCGUUGCAAUUCCGGGCAGCAUCAUAGCCAAUGCUCAUUCUGUCGAGCAAAAGACUCUCCUAGCCGGAGUAAUCGCGCGCGCGCUCGCCGUCUUCUGCGUCGACGAAGUCGUGGUCUUUGACGAUGAUGAGUAUGGUGCAUACUAUGACUUUCAAGAGCAUAAAGAUCACAAUAACUCACCCAGUGUCAAAACUAAAAACCAAAUUGAUGGCGGCGCAUCCUCUCCCAAAGCAUAUACCGCGAAUUCGGACCCUUCACACUUCCUAACUCACAUUCUAUCGUACCUCGAGACUCCACCAUACUUGCGCAAACACCUCUUUCCUAUCCAUCCCAAUCUUCGCACAGCUGGAUUGCUACCCAGCUUGGAUAUGCCCCACCACUUACGUGCUCAUGAGUGGUGCGACUUCCGUGAAGGCAUUGUCGUUUCUAGUGCCGAUCGAUAUUCAGCGCGAAACAGACAUUCGGCCAGCAAGAUCACUCAGAGGAGCAAUGAUCAUCAAUCCCACCAUCAUGGCAGCUCUACUAACGAUGGCCCUACCACAAUUGUGAACACCGGUCUCUCACAGAAGAUAAUACUUUUAAACACCCACCUUCCGGAACAUGCCCGAGUAACCGUCCGAUUUCCCCAGCAUGGAUUCCCGUAUGCAGAACCCGUACACCCAUCCACUCCUCGUGCCGAGGCGGGGUAUUACUGGGGCUACUAUGUGCGAAGAUGCCGGUCUCUCUCCUCUGUUUUCACAGAGUGUCCUUAUGACGGUGGCUAUGACCUAUCCUUCGGCACGUCCGAGCGUGGUGUGCCUGUCUCCACAGUGCUAGAAGAGAAGCCCCAACAAGCACACCAUCGCUACGAGCAACACCACACCCCUUGUCGCGAAGAGCGCCUUCCAGACUUCCAGCACAUCCUCAUCGUCUUUGGUGGUAUUGCUGGGAUCGAGGCAGCUGUUCAGAACGAUCCCCAACUCCGCGACAUGGGUAUUCGCCCAUCAGAUACCGGGAAACUCUUCGACUACUGGGUAAACUUCCUACCCGGACAGGGAAGCAGAACCAUCCGCACAGAGGAAGCAGUUUGGAUGGGGCUGACGAGUCUCCACGGCCUGUUUGAUGGCACCCACCAGCUGAAAAAGGCAUACAGAUAAC